CUGCCCAUGCUGCGUUUCAUAAUGCGCUCUCUGCAGUAAGCUCUCGCUCCCUGCAGGGAAGGGCUGCGGUUUCAUAUUUCAUUUCCCUUGUACGCUGCAGUCAGAUUCCAAUCACUUUCUGGCUUCACUGCAGUGCAUUACGCAGAGCACAGGUCCUGCAUCAUAUCCAGCAGAGACAGACUGGGCUGUCCUCUUUCCAGGCGGUGGACCAUGAAGAUGACAAUUUUAUUUUCACUUUGCAUCUUAGCUUUCCCUGUUUUUUCCCAGGGCCGGGUUGUCGGAGUGGACGAAGUUGGCUUUGCUGAAUGCAAUGAGUUCUUUUAUGGAGAAACCCCACCAGAAGGAUUUACAGAGCCUUUCCAUGUGAAAAUCUGUCAGCAGUACAACAAAGAGCCACGCUUCGCAACGCUCUACAAUACGGAGGACAAGACUCCUCUUUAUUCUGCUUUUAAAUAUACCAAAGCAACUCAGAGAGGAGAGGAAAGCUGGCUGAUUGAACCGCAGCUAGAUGAUCCUGGAAAUGACUUGAAGGAAAUGGUGCAUGAAGCUGAUACUGUUGGCUCAGUGAAUAACCUUGGAGCAAACCAAGCCCUGAUCACAGACUAUGUGGACUCUGGUUAUGAGAGAGGGCAGCUAAACCUUGGGUCCCUUAAUGAGGCUGAUUUCCAGCUAGCUACGUACACUCUUACUAAUGCUGUCCCUAUGACUCCAUCUCUCAGCAAAAGCUGGCAUAGGGAUGUUGAGCAUAUAGUAAAGCAAGCUGUGGCCCCACAUUGUGAAAACGGGGCUCGCCUGUAUCUUGUAGUAGGUGCUGUUCCUUCGACCCUCCGAAUUAAAGACAAGGUGUCGGUACCAGAGUUUCUCUGGCUGGCAGCUUGCUGUGAUGCUCCCGAGGCGUGGUCUGUGGGAUUUGUGAAACGCAGGAGUGAUGAAAACAGUAUAGAAGACCUGUCUGUGGAAGAGCUGGAGAAGCAGCUUCCUUCAGGAGCUCGCUUGUUUAAAAGCAACUGUGGGGGAGGCAAUCAAAGCCAGGACAAAAUGGAAGCCAUAUUGCAAAGCAUAAACCAGAUCCAAUCAGAAGAGCCAAUAUUGCAGACUGUAGCCGGGGAACUUGGAGAAGGGCAGAGGGCCAACGAGAAGCGUGGGGAGGCCAGCCUGCUGAGACGAAUCGCCAGCAUCAUUGCGAUACCUUUCACCAAGCUGCUGAGAAUCAUUGUCUAUGUGUUGGUGGAGGUGGUGAGAUACACGUGUUCUUUCCUGUGGUAUGUCAUCAAGCAGUUCGGCAACAUAGUGAUGGGCCGACUCUACAGCGUAUGGAAUGGAGUGGUGACCUAUGUCACAGCAAUCAGCACAGUGCUAGUGAACAUCCCCAGGGAUGUGGCCAAGGUCGCAGCAAACAUCGUCAUGGGCUUUGUCCGGAUCUUCCAGAACACCUUGAGCCUCAUCUACAGGAUUCUUAGUGUCCCUGGUGGCCUCUUCCUUCACAUCAUGGCUUUCCCUCUGGACACUCUCUGUGCCACUCCCACUGUCCUCAAAGACAUUGCCGCUGGAGUUGGUGGCACUUGCUCACUCAUUGUUGAUGCCACAGCUGCCCUGAUGUCUGGCUUUUAUUACAUAGGAUCUUCCAGAACACCUUGA